CCCAUUAAAGAAGACAAAACCUUUUCUUGUAUUUGCAGCAUUGAAGCCUAAAUUUGCUGAAUCAAAGGAAAUAGAGGAAUUAAGCAAGAAGUUUGUGAUGAUCAAUGUUGAGGAUGACGAAGAACCACAAGAUACCAAAUUCCAGAUUGAUGGAGCAUACAUUCCCAGGAUUUUUAUGUUAGACUCAGCUGGUAGGGUACAAAAGGACAUCUACAACAAAAAGGGCAAUCCUUCAUAUAAAUACUAUUAUGGAAGCACACCAGGAAUUGUAGAUAGCAUGAAAGAAACCCUGGAGAAAAUGAUAGAUGGCGUUCGCAUUGGGGAUGAACUAUAACAUUCUAGAGCCUCCUGAUACGCAUUUUUAGUUUUCUGCUAGAGGACCAGUGUACCAGAUAACCCUCUCUCCUCAGACACUUCACGGUUUUUGCUUUUUGUGGGUCUUAACUUUUGCAUUCCAAAGUUGUAUUCGCGUUUUUGAAAUUAGCAAUAUUUAAACAAGCCAAGAAAUAACAUUUAAAUACAGAUUUUACUUUUUAACUUUAAUCUUGUUCUAAAAUUCAUUUUAACGGUAAUCGUGCGAUUACGUAUCAAAGAAACUUAUCAUUCGGUGUAUUUUUUCCUUUCUUCCCAUUGGCUGAGAACCCAACACGUGGCCUGUAAAUAACUGCCUACAAAUAAUGGUCUGCUCAUGCGUAACACCGUCUAAUUUAUGUGUUUUGCUGCAAAUAUUCUACUCAUGCGUACUACUGACCACGCUCUAGUGUGGAAAAUGGCACAUCGCUUCCCUAAGCUUUCAGAGACUGAUUUUAGCAUGGAAUAAACUUGAUGAUCGAAUAAUAAAGCAGUUAUUGAACUCUGUUA